UUUUCAUUAUUCGUCAGUGACUUCAAGCUGGUGGUCGAUAUUACAAUUUCAUCUUGUGAAUCAAAAAAAAAUUAUCUACAAUGAACCGUGAUUAUCCUAGCACUUCUCAAAAGCAAAGAGAUUUCAUGGAGCCAAUGGGAGACAAACUCGUAACAAGGCUACCCGGAAUUGGAGAGACACUUGGCGACCGGAUGAGCAAUGCUGGUUAUCAAAAGGCGUCUCAGGUGCUUGGCCAAUAUUUGGCCGUUGAUCAAAAUCGACAAGAGUUCGGCCACUUUAUGAAGGAUACCUGUAAUGCGAACACAAAACAAUCAUCCGAUUGCUAUAACGGACUCAAGGAGUGGACUAGGGAAUUCCUAUAACUUGUUAAAUUAGAUCUGAUUGGGUUUUUUCGAAGUUUUCCCAAUCCGUGCAACAAAUGUUGGAUCCAUUAAAUUGCCUUCGAUUUCAUUAUUUUUGCAUUGAUUAUUCUAAAUUGUAUUUUUGAUUUUCAAAUUAAAUAUUUUUUUAUUUUCUGUUCUUUUAAUUUUGCACUUUUGUCUUUAGAUAUAUUUAAACUCAAUAUUAAAAAAGAAAACUCUCAAAACAUCUUCAUUUAUUUUUCCCAAUAAAAUGUUCUCUAAAUAAAAUGUAUAAA